GUGACCUUAUCAUUCAAGAUACUCCCUAUGUGGCUGUGGUGGAUGAUACCAAUCUUUCUGUAGCUUGCAGUGGUUGUCUUUCUAAAGGUGGUAGACUAUUAUGUUGUUCAAGUUGUAAUGUGAUUCACUAUUGCUCUGAGGAAUGUAAACGUAAGGAUCGAUUAUACCACGAGCAUGAAUGUAAAUCAUUUGUCAGGCUAAAAAGAACACCACCAACUUCAAUUCGCUUAAUAUGUCGAAUAUUGAUGCAUCGAAUGAACGAUCCGGCAUCUUUCAAAGAUAUUGAAAACCUCCAAACCAAUCGAACAAUGUUUAAACAAGAACAAAUUGAAACAUUCGCACAAAUGUCCAUGGUAGUUCGAGAAUGUAUCUCUCAAGAUGCUUUGCUAUCAGCUUCAGAAAUGUUGGAUUUAUUUUGUCGGAUGACCGAAAAUAGUUUUUCCAUCUUGGAUGGAGAAAUGAUUGCUUUUGGAGUCGGCAUUUAUCCUAAUGCUUCUUUAUUAAAUCAUUCUUGUCGUCCCAAUUGUGUUGUUAUUUUUGAAAAUUCAAAAUUAAUGGUUCGAUGCAUAGAACCAAUAAAUAAUGAUCAGGAGCUAGUUAUUAAUUAUGUAGACCUGAGUCUACCAGUAGAAGAACGGCGUAAAGAAUUGCGAAAGCAAUACUUUUUUUUAUGCAAUUGUGAAUCUUGCGAAUACUAUAAGUCUAAAGAUAAUAUUGACCCGCGAAGUGCGCUGAGAUGUCAAAAUUCCCAAUGUUCUAAUGCUAUAGAACCACCAAGUUCAUUGGAUUUAGGUGAAGAAGAAUAUACUUCAACAUGUAAAGUCUGUUUCCGCAAUAUACGUUACGAUGUAGCAGAUGUGGAAAAACGUAUAUCCAAGUCUCUUCAAUUAUAUGAAAAGGGCGAACAAGAUAAUUUACAAGCCAUGUCAUAUUUUAAACAAGCCUUUGAAAUUCAAAAACCGCUUCUCCAUAUGGCUAAUUAUAAUUUAAUAUCUACUCGUAAAGCUUUGUUUGAUAUCUAUUGUAAUUUAAAUGAUUGGCCAGCGGCGCUUUCUCAGUCUUUGGCAAUUGUUGAGGCUUAUCGCAUUUUAUAUUCUCGAGCACAUCCUUUACUUGGAAUUCAAAUUUACGCUACUGCGAGAAUACAUAUGUCGAUGGAUAAUGUUGAUAUUAAUAAAAUUGUUGAAUUACUUCGAGAAGCUUUUAAGAUAUUGGAAGUAUCACAUGGGUUUAAACAUCCUUUUACAAAAAUGGUAGAGAUGAAUUUAUGGGAUGCUCAUGGUGAACUUAAUAGUAAAAAAAGUUGA